CGUUCCGCGCGUGCGCAACGCGUCCCCCCCACCCCCCACCCCCUUCAACCUUCCCCCUGCGCGCGGAGGAUGCGGGGUCGCAGCUAAGGCGGCGGCGGCGGCAAGGAGGAUGGAGGCACCCCUGGUAAGCCUGGAGGAGGAGUUUGAGGAGGGGCCUGGGGACAGUGGGGGGGCCCCUCGGCGCACCAUGGACCCAGGACUGGCUGAGCUGGAGAGCUUCUCGACCGAGAUGAUGAGCUUCAAGUCAAUGGAGGACCUGGUGCAGGAGUUCGAUGAGAAGCUCACCGUCUGCUUCCGCAACUACGAUGCCACCACUGAGGGCCUGGCCCCCGUGCGAGGCCGGCUGCAGGCGCAGGAGGAGGAGGAGCACCUCCAGGAUGAGGAAGUCUGGGAUGCCCUCACUGAUGGCUUCGCCCCCCGGGGCUCCCCCCGGCCCUGGAUGCACCCUGAGGCUGAGGCCCCUGAUGGCACCGACCCCCAGCUUUGUGAGAAGGAAGAUGAAGAGCUUGCUGAGAGAAGUGAGCAUGACUCGGGCAUCAACGAGGAGCCACUGCUGACAGCUGAGCAGGUCAUUGAGGAGCUGGAGGAGCUGAUGCAGAGCUCGCCUGACCCUGAGGUGGAUCCUGAGGGUGAUGAGGACGAGGAGGAGGAAGAAGAUGAGGAAGAGGAUGCUGAGGCCGAUGCAGAAGGUGAUGGUGGUGGCCGGGGCAUGGAGCCCAUCGUCCUGCGUGACCUAAACACCUUCUCCCCCACCUUCAACAACAACUGCUCCCAUGAAGGGCUGGAGCAGCUGACGGCCGGGGAGCUGGCAGCGGCAGCAGGGCGUGCGGAGGCGGCAAGCCGGGCACUGUCGGCCGAGCUGGUGGCCCAGCUGGCACGGCGGGAUGAGCUGGCCUUCGAGAAGGAGGUGAAGACGGCGUUCAUUGGGGCACUGCUGGCCGUGCAGGGGGAGCAGCGGGAGCAGCGGGAGGCCGCACGCCGCCGCCGCCGCGACCGUGGGCUCAGCCUGCAAGGAGGUCGUCCCGAGCGUGGGGGACACAUGCCCAGGAAGCGGUUCAGCAUGGAGGGCAUCUCCAGCAUCCUGCACUCCGGCCUGCGUCAGACCUUUGGCCCCGCUGCGAACGAGAAGCAGUACCUGAACACAGUGAUUCCCUACGAGAAGAAGGGUUCGCCACCCUCCGUUGAGGACCUGCAGAUGCUCACCAACAUCCUGUUUGCCAUGAAGGAGGGGAAUGAGAAGGUGCCCACACUGCUGACGGACUACAUCCUCAAAGUGCUCUGCCCAACCUGAUGCAGUGCAGCCCUGCACCCCCAAACCCUGGCGCCCCCCAGAAAUGGGGCCAGACACAUGGAAACAGGUCACCUGCGCCUACCCGGCCCACACCCCCCCAAACCUUUGCACAGCUGGGAAAUAAAUAAUUUGUUUCAUUAAUUAAG